AUGUGCAAAGUACUAUUUAUAUUGUUUGCUUUUAUUGCACGAGAUUGUUCUUCCCAAGAUGACGAGGGACCGUACAGAGGCAAAUACAUAGGGAAACUUAACUCUUAUCAUCACCAGGUUUCCGGGGAAGUAUACGCCGCGGACGACUGGACGAUAUUGUUGGUCGACUUUAACUAUGACGGAACAGGGGACGACACGUUCUUCUGGGCGGGAGACUCGGGUCGUCCGGGACCUCUCGGCUUCAUCGUUCCGGACCAACACGGCAAAACUAACAUACUCGAGCGGUACAAAAACGAGGAGGUGCGCUUGCGCAUGCCUGACGGAAAGCGCAUAUCACGGUUGAGCUGGUUCGCGGUGUACGACCUGGCGUCGCAAAAUGCAUUUGGAGACGUCUACGUGCCCGACCAAUUCGAGUCACCUGCUCCCCGCGCCCUCUCGCCGCUCACACCCGCACCCGGGGUCUCUAUCUCGAGCGGACCCGUACAGGUGCUCGAUGCUUCGACACUGCUCAUUCCCGAACUGCGGUUCUCGGCGGAUGGCCAGGAGGUAUACUGGUGGGCGGGCGUCGGGCCGCAGCCCUCGUCUCGAGGAUCCGUCGUCCCGGACGAAGAGGGUUAUCUAGAGCCGGCGCGCUCCUAUCGAGGCGAAGACGUACGCCUACGGGUCGGUUCGGGGUCUGGAGGUGUGUUUCGACUGGACUGGGUCGCGCUCUGGAAUCGCCGCGAGUCAACCGCAUUGGCGACUCUCUUGCUGCCGCACGAGCUAAAUGUGCCCCCUGCAAACCUCAAGCUACACGAAUACGCGUCUCGACUGCCUAACUGCGUGCAACUGCACCGCGACCUGCAAGUCUCUUGGGAGAUAUUUGGAAAUCAGAUCACCAUUCAACUCGCCGGAAUGAUAGGCGUCGACGAGUACAUGGCUUUCGGUAUAUCGGGAUCAAGCUCGCGAUCGCAGAUGAUCGGCGCGGAUCUAGCGAUCGCUGGCUGGGACAAAACGCAACAGCGCGGCUUCGCCUCGGACUACAACGUGACCGCCGCGGCGCCUUGCGUGCUCGUACUGGGCGCUUGGCGUGGCGUCUGUCCGGACGACCGCCUCGGCGGCACCGACUCCAACCAGGUACUGAGCGCCUCGCGCGAAGACGGACUCACUGUGCUGACGUACCGCCGCCAAUUGAUGCCGAGCGAGCCCCUCGACCUCGAGUGGCGAACUGAUCGCGCCGUCUUCAUCGUGUGGGCGGUCGGGGGACUCGACCGCUUGCGCGAGCCGGCUUACCACCGGCUGCGUCCAGCUGUAGACCAACAACUUGUGCUGACUCGUGCGUCUUCCUCGGACUGCGUGCCUUUUACGAUCGGCGACGCGUCGCCACCUAAGCAAUGGGAGCGCGCCGAGCUCUUCGACCCAGCGCUGCGCGUGUUCGACGUGCGACUGGGACCGGCGGGAGGCGCGCGCGGCCUGGGUGGGCGCGCGCGCCCGGCACCGCAGCUCGCGCUAUACGUGAACGGCCAGCUCGCCCCUGACCUGCAGUUGCGACGCGGCCUCGGCUACACGUUCCGAGUGCGUUGCGGCGACGACCCGCACUCGGCCUCGCUGUACCACCCGCUCGUGAUCACGACGGAAUCGCACGGCGGCCUCGAGCGGCUGAGCGACGAAGCCGCGGGAGCUAUCCGCGUACUGGCGGGUGCACGUGGCGCAAGGCGCGGACGACGCGGCGCGGCUGCGGCCGGCGCCCUCUGUCGGGCGGAACGCGACCCCACCGCGGACCCGAGGCGAGACGACGCAUACGAAACAUUUCGAGCCUUUAACCGCUCGCUUCGCUGGAGUUGCGCCCCCGAAGGCAAACCAGCCGAGCUGCUCGUCGUGCCCAACUCGACGUGGCCGGAUGUCGUCUAUUACCACUCCUUCACACACUUAGAUAUGGGCGGGCGCAUAUUCGUGGUCGAUCGCCACCGCCGUAACAUUGCUAAAUCUUCGAACGCCGCUUCGCCUGCGAUCGCUUUGCCCCGGUCGUCGCUGCUAUUGCCACUGAUUUCGAUUCUGCUUCGAGCUCGCGAUAUUGUGGUUAGAGAAUUUUAA